GGCUCGUGGGGAGGGCUUGAAACAUUGGUUCCACAGAGGUAGAAUUCCAGGCUGUCUGUAAAGGUUACCACAGGCAAGGUACUACAAGAAGGCAGAUUGCAGAGUGCACUGUAGCACCAGUGGCAAUGGAGGACAGUGACCACGAGGUUAACUCAUCUUCAGACGAGCAGUACUCCGCCCCACCGUCCCCUGACCACACCAGGGACCAUGAAGCCGAGCAGCACUCAAGCCACUCCGAAGACUCAGAGCUGGAGAACAUCCUCCAAGACCCCCACCAGAACGGGGGCCAUGGCCACCCCCAUCCCGGCCACGAGCACCAAGUGGACCGGGAGGCGGAAGGGGAAGACCACCCCCAUACGCCGGGGACGCCCACCUUCUUGCGGCCACCCACGGCUGGCAGGGCACAGCCAGAACCAGGUGUAGAGUCCAGACUGCAGCUGGGCGGUCUGGACUAUGACCUGUCUUCCCCUAUCAGCCCUACAAGGCCUAAGAGCCCCUGGGGCCGCUUUGACCCGUACGACACGUCCGAGGACCAAGACAAGGAGUAUGUAGGAUUUGCCACACUUCCAAAUCAGGUGCACCGUAAAUCUGUCAAAAAGGGCUUUGACUUCACCCUCAUGGUUGCAGGAGAGUCUGGUCUGGGAAAGUCCACCCUCGUCAAUAGCCUCUUCCUCACAGACCUCUACAAGGACAGGAAGCUUCUCAAUGCUGAAGAACGGAUCACUCAGACUGUUGAGAUCACCAAGCACACAGUGGACAUUGAGGAGAAAGGUGUCAAGCUCAAGCUUACGAUUGUGGACACCCCAGGUUUUGGAGAUGCUGUCAACAACACUGAAUGCUGGAAGUCGGUGGCGGACUACAUCGACCAGCAGUUUGAGCAGUACUUCAGGGACGAGAGCGGCCUCAACCGCAAGAACAUCCAGGACAACCGUGUGCACUGCUGCCUCUACUUUAUCUCCCCGUUCGGCCAUGGUCUCAGACCUCUGGAUGUGGAGUUCAUGAAAGCCCUGCAUGAGAAAGUCAACAUUGUGCCUAUACUGGCAAAGGCAGACACACUCACCCCUACUGAGGUCAAGAAAAAGAAAAUGAAGAUCCGAGAAGAGAUAGAACAGUAUGGGAUCAAGAUCUACCAGUUCCCUGACUGUGACUCGGAUGAGGAUGAGGACUUCAAGCAGCAGGAUCAGGAACUGAAGGACAGCAUCCCAUUUGCUGUGAUUGGCAGCAACACCGUGGUGGAGGCCAAGGGAAAGAGAGUGAGGGGGCGUCUCUACCCAUGGGGCAUAGUGGAAGUGGAAAACUCUGCACACUGUGACUUUGUCAAGCUGAGGAAUAUGCUGGUGAGGACACACAUGCAGGACCUGAAGGAUGUGACACGGGAGACCCACUAUGAGAACUACAGAGCCCAGUGUAUUCAGAGCAUGACCCGGAUGGUGGUGAAGGAGCGCAACCGCAAUAAGCUAACCAGGGAGAGUGGAACAGACUUCCCCAUCCCUGUGGUACCGAGUGUGGCGGACACAGACACAGAGAAGCUGAUCCGAGAGAAAGACGAAGAGUUACGGCGAAUGCAAGAGAUGCUUCAGAAGAUCCAGGAACAGAUGCACACUCAGAAAGAGGCCUAUUAACCCAGGUCACUAGAACCCCCAUCCCUAUGUAAAUGUCUCCUUUUUCAAAUAACUGGGAAGAACAAUCCCAUAGUCCCCCUCAAUUCCAAUUCAGAAACAUUGUAUUCCCUGCCUGCAAUAGACCUUCACUUCACAGUUGUCAUUAAUCUUUACUAUUAGAUGUUAGAGGCACAAACUAUCACAAGAGGCUAGUAUAAAAUGAAAAUGUGCUGCGUCCAAAACAUAGUAAUUCUACUGUCUCUUCACUUGUUCAAGAAAACUACUGCCAAGGCAGGAGAGCACAACACCAUUAGCUAACAACUUCCUGAAGCUACAAAAGAAGAAAUGUUUGCAAUUUAUGUAAUUUUGAGUUUUGAAACUUUUGAUAACACUACGUUGACACGCCUCCAUGUCAUCGUUUUUCAGAAUGGACAUUUUUUAUCUGUGUGUCAGAUACGUUUUGACUUCAUAUUUCUUUAACAGUAUCAUGUGGGGUACACUUUAGGCAAGAAAAUGACGUGCUGUUGAUUGACAGUAGACACAUAUUUUCAGUUUGGUGUCUGAAGCACAGUUUCCGCUUUCGAGUGUUUUAUUUUUGAAAGUUGAUACUAUUGAUGAAUUUACAGAUUAAAUGUAUUUUUUUUCUUUACUAUUAUGUUAGGUUUUUAAACAUUUUUGUUACAGGAUCACGUAAUUGCUCUUAUUUGUAUUAUCGCACAGAAAACUGAAAAAUUCCUCAUCUUAGUUAGUUGAACGUAUGCAAGGUUUUACUCUCUCAAGAAUCGUUUCUGUAUGAUGGGAUCUUUUUUUGUUGUUGUGUAAAAGGUAAAAAAAAAAAAGAAGAAGAUACCGAAUUAACUUUUCAGUAUGCUCUUUGAUUAUUCCAUCAUAAACUGCUUGAUAGGAGAGUUGUUUUGGAAAAAUUACCCAGUUCUGUUCAAGAAUUUUCUCAACAGGUUAUUCAUGUAUUUACCUGAAGCCACGUACUCUUCUGAGAAGAAUCUCAAGAGGUAGAGGUAAACAAUCUUAUUUGUAUAUAUGUAUCAGUAUACAUGUAUAAAUAUAACAGAAGUUUUAUAUCCCGAUGGUAGACUGCGACUAUGAUGAGACCCCUAAUUUUGCCUGUGGCCAGUUGGUAGAUGAGAACCGGGCAGUUUUAAUAAGCUUGCCUAUUGUUGUGAAAGUAAGUUCUUGAAUACCUUCUUGCUUCUCGAUGGUGGUGAUGACAUUAGUGGACACAAAGAUAUACCCUCAUAAACAUGAACCUGUGAGAAGCUUAUAUCCUCAUAUUUUGCAUAAUAUGCAUUCAUCUAAGGGAAGAAAAGAGGCUCAUGUGCUGAAAGCAAACAUGUAAUUUUAAUUUUCCCUCAAUUUUAAGUUAAAGUUCACCCUUUAACUUAGGCUUGUAUCAGUUUUUGGUGGUGUGGAGUUUCCUAUUAAUACAAACUAUUUUGAAGUAAAAGGGUAUAUUGAUGUCAAGAUAAUAAUUUAAAAGGUUGAGCUACAAGUAACAUUUUUCAAUAUCACUUAAAACCACUACAAUAAGUUUACAUUUCUUGAAAGGAUAUUUGAAAUAUUGUUUCCCAUUUUGAAUGCAUAAAUGUUCUCUCCACAGAGCACUGUCUUCUGUUUAUUAUUUGCAUGCUUGAUGUUUCCCUCAAAGCGUUUGCCAAAUUCUCAGCCUGAUUUGAGUACUCAUUUGAUCUUUUUUGAGUCUCAAAGGGACUGUUCAAUUCUGAAUGAAAGGGGGUGUUUUUGUGUUUUAUUUGAUAAAAAAAGACUUCUUUUUGUUGACAAACUACUUUUGAAUAUAUUUAUGUAAUAAAUAACUUUAUAAAUUCAUAGGAGAGAUCGAUUGAGUUGGAUGAGUUGUGAUACAAUAAUAAAAAAUUGAAUAUGUAUAGAAA